AUGAAUAUCGACGACGAAGAGCCCCCACCGUUACUCGUUGACGUAGACAACGCGGGGGAUGGACUGGAAGAAGAAGCCAUUGUCAAGGUUCCGAUCACCAUCGUCACUGGCAUGGACUCGGGAGUCAAUGCAAUUGAGCAACUCAUGGACAAGAAGGGUGCAUUUGAUUACAUCCUUCUCGAGACUACCGGGUUAGCAGACCCUGGAAACCUCGCGCCCUUGUUCUGGGUUGAUGAGGGACUUGGUAGUACGAUUUAUCUAGAUGGCAUCAUUACACUCGUUGAUGCCAAGAAUAUCCUGAAAAGCCUUGACGAGCCAGCACAAGAUGCCAUCUUAUCUGAAGACCAUACCGAGCAUGACGGUCACGUGGGGCCUUUAUUGACCACAGCCCAUAUGCAGAUAUCUCAUGCAGAUGUUAUCAUCCUCAAUAAGUCGGAUCUGGUCAGCGAAGAACAGCUUCUUGCAGUGCGGGAGCGGAUCGAAGCUAUCAACGGCUUGGCGAAGAUUCACGUAACCCAGCGAGGGGAGGUGCCGCAGCUAGAGGGAUUUAUCUUGGAUCUUCAUGCUUAUGAUAACGUGGGUGCAUUGAAUGUUGCAGAUAAAGGACACAGUCAUUUAGACCCGUCUGUAGCAACAGUCACAAUUCCUGUCCCAGUCCUAGCAGUGGAACAACUAUCGGGUCUCGAUGCAUGGCUUAGAUCGAUCCUCUGGGAUUCGAAGCUGCCCUCUGCCACAAAUAUUGCUUCUGCUGAUGGGGCCAACGACACCGUUGAAAUCCACAGACUAAAGGCAAGACUACCGUUUUCGGAUGGAAGCGUUAAGAUUGUGCAGGGUGUACGAGAUGUGUUCGAGAUUCUAGAUGCGCCGAGUGGAGAUGCAGCAGGAGACUCUGAAGGGAAGAUUGUGCUCAUAGGGAGAUAUCUUCUAGAUAGGCCGUUCAAGGAGAGCUUUAUUGCGGCCGUCGGAGCUCAAUAA